ACCGCAACCAGCUCCCAAACAAGAGCAAGCGAAAGUCAGAAACAUGUCGACUGGAAACUUCAUCGUUGUUUUCAAGAAAGGAGUCACCCAAGAUCAGAUUACUGAGUACAUUGAUCAGGUCAACGAGAGUGGUGGCGAGGUUACACAUCGCUUUGACCCAGAAGUCCUCAACGGAUUCUCGGCCAAAUUAACCCCACAGUCUCUCCAGUCCUUCCAGUCUCUCACUGGAGAUGUGAUCGAUUUCAUCGAGGCCGACGGUGAUGCUGCCCCUGCUAUUGGUGUGGCAAGUGCAUCAGGGUGAUUAGCGUCAUAUGUUUUUCGUUGUUACGAUUUUUGUUUUCAAACGUCCAAGUCGAAGGUAUCUGCAAUUAAUUCGAUCCAUCCGAUAUAUCAAAAAUCGACUCGUAUAA